CGCAGUGACCAUUUUCUCUUUGGGUCAAAAUGGCCUCCAGUUUAUGCGGGAUGGUCGUCCUUUCCUUCACUCAAACAGCAUAAUGCAUCUAAACCCAGCCAUGGCAGCGGCUAACAAAAGCAGCGAGAGGUGCUUUGAGGAGGCCGAAGAGACAGGAACACUGCUUCUUAAUGGCAAAGGCCUCCGCGAUUUCCCCGAUGUUGCCGACGACUGUGAACUUAUUGAUGUGAUAGAAGCUGAUCUAUCGAAGAACAGAUUCACUGAUUUUCCCGUGGAAAUAUGUGACUUUGUAAUGCUAGAAAAACUCAAUUUAUAUCAUAACUCAAUUCGGAAUCUCCCGGACUGCUUAAACAGGCUGAAAUGGCUAUCUGUCUUAAAUUUACGGAGGAAUCAAAUCUGCAGCCUUCCUGUAACACUGGGCCAACUUCCUCUGCGUGUCUUGAACCUUAGCAACAACAAGUUGACAACCCUACCAAUAGAGAUAGGAUAUUUGACAUUAUUACAAGACUUAGAUUUGAGCUGCAAUGAGCUUCCCCAUCUCCCUAGUAGCAUGGGAGAAAUGAUAUCUUUAAAGGAAUUAAAUGUUAGGAGAAAUCAACUUCAAUCCUUGCCAGAUGAAUUGAGCAAGUUAAAGCUUGUCAGAUUAGAUUUCUCCUGUAAUAAAGUAUCAGUGAUUCCGCCUGCAUAUCGCCUCAUCACAACACUGUCAUGUCUGGAGCUAUCCCAUAAUCCUCUCACAUCACCACCAGCACAAGUUUGUAUAAAAGGCAGAUUACACAUUUUUAAGUAUUUAAGCAUAGCAGCUCAUCAACAAGAGAAGAGACGGGGACUGGAUCGCAGGCCUUAUGGCAUGAGAUCAACUCUAAGCAUGAAAGAAGAAUUCUUGGAACGCGAGUACCCAACUGUUGACAAAGUACGGAGGGCCCAUUCAUUGGAUAUGAGUGGCUCCAACAUUCAUAUAACCCAGGUUGAUGAUAAACCUGCUGUAUAUCGUCCAAGCUCCUUACGCGAACGAGACCGCACAAGACCUCCCCUGACUAAUGUAUUUGAGACUGAGGAAAAGAGAAGGGAGAUCCAGAAAGAGAUAGAAAGAGCUCAUCAGCUCAUCAUAGCUGAUACUAGAGAUCAUGUAGAAGGUCAUGAGGCUGGCAGCCAACCUGAUGGCGAAAUGGAUGAAGGGGAAGCACUAGAAAAGGAAUUUCUUUCGAUUGAAAUGGAGGAGCGGAAGAGGAGGGAGGAAGAGGAGACAGCUAUAGAAGAGAGACGUCGAGCUGCCAGAAAGCUACAGAGAGACCAACAAGAGCUAAUGCAGGACACUAGACGGCGUUCAGAGACAGCAAAUGGAGUUGGUGACAGAAGUCUAAGGCGAAACUCGGGUACAAGUCGCUCCAUGUCUGAUCGACCACCCGAACUUCCCCCAAGACAAUCAAGGACCUCUACAAAACCACGUGCUUCCUCACUCAGGAUGGAAGAAGGGUAUCCAGGAAGACAGGAGGAGGAAAUGCGAGCUAGGGAGGCUUUAAUGAUACAGAGCAGACGAGAAGCACAGCUGUCCAGACAGCGACUUGAAGAAGAGAGGCUCAAGUCCAAGCAGAAGCACAAGGAAAGCGCUGCAAGAAAAGGUGUCGCCGUACGUGAAGAUGACCGAGGGAAGGCAGACAGGGACUCCUGGGAGGAGAACAUUUUUCAGAAUAUCCACAAAAGACCCAACAUAAGUCAAGUCAGAUCACUGCCCAGAGCUCUUCAACAACAACAGGACACGCCCAACUUUACCAUCAAGCGCAUGUAUGACAGUGCCAGGGAAGAAUUCGAGAAAUUGGAAGAACUGCGAGAGGCGAUCGAGAGCCGUCUCAAGGUGACUCUCCCAGAUGACCUGCCCGCGUCUCUCGCUGACGGGGUCGUUCUGUGUCAUCUGGUGAACAGUGCGUACAAAGGGACGAUCCCUAGCAUCCAUAUCCCUUCUGCCGGUGUGCCCAAGCUGACGAUGACUAAAUGUAUGAAAAAUGUAGACUAUUUUCUGGAAGCCUGUAAAAAGCUUGGAGUAGACAGGGAGCUGCUAUGUUCGUCUGCUGACAUCUUACAAGAAAAAAGCCCCCAGAGAGUGUGCGCCACAGUACAAGCGCUGCUCGACCGUGCCGACAACUGCUAACAACAAACAGGAAAGUAUGUGCAACAGUACAGGGCACUUUGAGCAACAGUGCAAGCCCUGUUCAACCGUGCCGACAACUGCUAUCAACACACAGGACACCAUGUGCAAGAGUUUGGGUAACAGUUCAUGUCCUGCUAGAUCGAGCCGAUGACUUCUGGAGACAAACUAUCCACAAUGUAGCUGCUAGCAAGACAGGGGAACGCCUUGGAAAAGAAGUAAAAUGAGUGUGCCCCAUAUGAAAAGCGCUUCUUCACCCUAUUGGCCACUGCUAGCGACAAACUCUCGUCCCUUUACCCAAGGCCAGAGACAGCCCCUUUUCUUUAACGUCCUGAGGGCAGACUAUAAUCCAUAGUAAACUUCUACCGUGGCGGCCGCUGCUAAUGACGCCCAUUCCUCAGAAGGAAGGGUUUGCCUCAGUGCCAUGUAUCUCCAGGGAAAAAAACUAGAGCUCCAAAAAUCGAACAUAGAAGUUGCCUAAGAGUAUGUACUACUGCAUAUUGUUGGUGUUGGUGAAAGUCUUCCCAACUCAUCUAUUUUGUUAAACAAUCCACUUCUCUUUUUGGAUCAUGUACUCUGUACUCUGUAAAACCAAUCGAAUCCCAUUGAAGCAAAUAAUUGCAAAAAGCAGUAAUCCACCAGGCUCUCUCGAUAGUAACAAAUCGUUCUUAUCGAUUUUUAUAAAGCAUUAUCAUAUUCAGCAAGAAAGUUCCAUCCAACCCCCAUUGUCGGUGUCAUUUUUGACAAGAAAACGCCCUUCUAACAACUACUUUGUUAGGUAAUGAUCCCUUUAAACUUACAGAAGGCCAUCAAGGUAGCGUACAAUGGUGGAAGAUUAUUGUAAAUAGUCCUUCACAAACCCUGUCUAUGGUGAACAGAUAUUACGGAACCUAAAGAAAGGUAACAGAAAAGGUAAUAGAAGAAGUUAAUGGUUAUUUGCGAACUCUGAUUACUGCCCCACAUCGCACAGCCUUGAUGUACAGGUAGUUCAGAUAUUGCGCUAAUUCAUUUGUACGAACUCUCGUCAACAAUUUCCAGCUACUAAACCGCUUUCUGACUUCCUUUAUUCAGACUAACAGAAUUACAUGACGCUUACAUUGGUCAGCGUGAUUGGAAACCAUUUCAGUGCUGGCCAAUGAAAACGCGUCAAGGAUUUUGAAUGACGGAAGCCAGAAGGCGAAUAAGAUGUUGGAAAUCUUGAUAUCAUCGCAUGAUCAGAAUUUUGAAAUUCGCAGUAAAAACAAUUUAGAAAUUCAUGAUAUUAAUUUCUCUAGUAUAAAGCGUCGAUCCUGGUCGCCGUUUAUUCAGAAUAAAUUUAAUAAAAAUGUCCUAUACAAAAAUAAAGAUCGGAGCCAAAUACUUUCGCUCCUCGGUGAACGAGAAAGGCCUACAACUUUUCAAAAUUUAAAAAGGAUGUUGUGUAACCGCACAGUUGUCUUACUUUAUAUUAGAAAAAAAGUAAAAGAAUUAGAAAAGAUUUUUUUAAAUAAAACAACAAAAAAUAGGAAAUGUAGGACAAUAUUUGAUACAACGAGGGAUGUAUAUUUUGGAUGGCCUCAUUGUUACUUCAAAAGAUUUGACCAUUUCUCCACAGUGCGAAUACCUGAUUAAAUUGUGUAAUUUA